AUGACCUCAGGAAAGGUACUUUGUCUCCUGCUAGCCUCCUUAGCAGCAGUCUCAUCUUUUGAGUCCUACUACAAAUUCAGAAUCAACAAGGACUUCAUCCAUAAUACUUUCUAGAAGAACAUGAAACUGAUCUUUGAGCAAGCAGAGACAUUCCAAAUUAAAGAUGUCUACCUAGAUGAUAUUCAAGCUAGAAUGACAAACAUUAAUCUUAAGAUCCAGCCAUAGAACAAGAAUUGGGAAAACCUUAAGCUAGAAAUGAUGAUUGAUGAAGGUUAAAUCCUAUUUGAGAUGCAUGAACUAGAGUUCUCAGGAAAUGGAAUAAUUACAGACCCAAAGACCAACAAACAGGAAAGAAUCGAAUAUACUGCUCCAAUCAGCACGUGUCAACUUCUUUUAUCAUUAGGUGAAGAGUAUGCCACUUGGGGAAGUCUAUAUCCAAGAAUUAAUGUAGAUCAAGUCAUCUUCUAAGUGCAGGAAAAUCUUAUUGUAGUUAGUGCAUUUGGAGACUUACCUUUAUAUUAAUCACAUCAGUUUGAAUUAGCAGUCAAAAAGUGGUUUGUCAAUUAACUUAACAAGAGAUAAGGUGAUUUUAAGACUCAAUUGUAAGCAGUAGAGAAGAGCAUUUGGUCUUAGGUUGACUUCACUGUCAAUUUCUUCCCAGGUGUAUCUCUUAACACAAGUUUGUCCGAGUCACUUAAAUUCUAAGGAGAUUCAAUUCAAGCAUCUUUCAUUAAUGAGUUUGAAACUGGAGUUGACUACUCUGAAUUUGAGAAGCAAUUAGUCUCAGUCAAGCCAACAUUUAGCAACGAAAAUGCUUUCAAGAAAGAUAUUUAAGUUACUGUUGAUGAAAAUUUAGUAAACCACUUACUUAUGGGACUCUUCUACAGCAAAAAGACCUUCUCUUUAGUUGAGUUAUUCCUUAAAUAUACCCCAGGUAACUUGAAUCAUAUCGCAAAGAUGGCUACAAACUUCUUCACAACCACUGUACUCUCCGUUGCUCUUCCAGAGUUAGCUAAGGAAGUUGGUCAAAAUAAGAAGGUGGACUUUAGAUGUGGCUUCAGCAAGCAGUUCCUUAAUGACAAAGUGGACGACACUCACAUUUCCUAGGUUUGGUUCAAAAAGGGAAACACUAUUGAAGGUGCUUUUCACUUUGGCUGCGGUAUUUUUUACAACCCUAAAAGCAGUACAAAUCCCCUUUAAUUCAUCUCUUCCCUCAGAAACGGAGACUUAUCAGGGUUAUCAGGCGACUCAUCUGAUGGUGAUGAAUGGCUCUCAUGGAGAUCAUUCUUCUUAAAUCUCAGAGGGGAUGUUACUUUCGACUUCUAAUAAAAUGCCAGAUAUAAGGGACUUUUAACCGGCAAAAUAAAGAAUUUUAACUUAAAGACUAACGAAAUCAAGGUAUUCAAGGGAGAUCAAGAAAUCAGAGCCGAGGAAAAUAUUUACUAACAAAGACUAUAAGAAUUCGCCUCAACACUCAACGGAAUCGAUGUUGAUAAACUCUUUGAUAGAAUUCCAGCUUUAAAAGGCAUUCCAAUAAUUGCUCAAAGUGACUCCUUGAAAUGUAUGGGUCUCUAACCAUCAAACGCUAUGGUUGAAAUCGAAGAUAGAUUUAUGAGGAUCGCCUAUGACUUCAAAGUCUCACCAGCAGAUAAGAAAUGUCUCUUUAACAUUUUCGAAGAGGAGGAAUCCAAAUUUAGCAGAUGGGAAAAAGAGACUAAUCUUAAAAUUAACAGAGGAAUGGAUUAUAUCAAUUCUCAAAGGGAGAGAUUAGGAAAUAAAGCAAAUAAAGUUCUUUACGCUAAGAGUAUUUUACUUUGA